AUGACUAAGAAACAGUUGCACGAGCCCUUGUACAACUUGUCCGACAACCACUGCCACUUUAGUCCUGAAGCAACGCGAGAAGAUGCUUACAAGCUCGCCGAUACCUUGAAUGGUCUUGAUUUGGAUUUCCCCACAAACUUUUUCCACUUGAUGACUACACAACAUAUUGAUAUUGAGUGUAUCGACAUCUUGCUAACUCAAUUACAGAACCCAGACAUCGUGGUGCCGUAUUUUGGAGUACACCCAUGGUUCAGUCACUUAUUCUACACUGGCACGAAACCAAAUAAAAGAGAUCAUUAUUGCCAAGUUCUAAAACCAGAGCCAACCGACGAGUUAAUUGAUGUUUUGCCAGAACCAAUGAGCAUGAACGCACACACAGAUAAAAUGAAGGAAAUUAUCAAGAAACAUGAUAAGAAGGUUUACGGAAUCGGUGAAAUUGGGCUAGACAAGUUGUUUCGAGUUCCCAAACUGGGCUGGCUAGGCAAUCCCCACCAUGUCACUACGGAGCAAGAUCGACUAACCAAAUCACGAGUAACGAUAGAACACCAGAUGCACAUCUUUAGGCACCAGCUACAACUAGCCGAGGAGUUGGGCAAGCAAGCAUCCAUUCACUGCGUCAAGGCGCAUGGUGUGUUGUACGAUGAAGUGACACGAUAUAAAAACAUAGUGGUGGUGCUCCAUUCAUACACAGGCUCAACCGACCAAGCCAAAAGGUGGCUAAAGACAACUCCAGUCAAGCUCUACUUCUCAUUAUCCGAUUGGAUCAAUGGGGAAAAAGAUGAGUUGUUGAAAUUGCUCGUAUAUUUCAAAAAAUCAACAACUACAAACACAUAG